UGCAUUAGUACACGAAACGUUGUCUUCUACUUCUCGGGGAAACGACACAACCGUAGAUUUGAUGUCUGAAUCUGUGUAUAUAUAACUUCUCCAAUUAGAGACACUAACACAGAAUUGAUCACUACUCCUAUCGAAAAGUAGACGAAAAUGGCGAAUGAGUAUGGAUUCGGGAUGGGUUCGGUUUUGGCGAUUGUUGUCGUUGCACUAAUGUUACUGUUUGUUCCGUUGAUGAUGGGACCGGUGACUGCACCAUCUCUUCCAAUGAUCUUGAUGUUUCCGGUCGUAUUGCUCUUUGUGUUUCUCUAUCUCCAUUUUACUUCCAAGUGAUCAAACAUCAAAUCUCUUUCUAUUAUUAUCGUGUAAUAUGCAGUACGUAUUUAUUUCGAUAGUAUUGCUCUUACGUUUUUGGUUAUACAUUUAUAAAAACAAAAAUUGUAUUUGUUCUAUUAUAUACAAUAUAUCAAUUGACUAACGCAUGCGCAGUUGGUUUGGAUC